AUGUCAUCCAGGAGAUUAUCAACACUAUGGGCGCGCGAGAUUCGCGGGUCCCAGAACCUCUGCCUUUCCAGAUCUGCUAGUCGCAGCCCGAUAACACUGGUGUCCGCCUCCUGCGCGUAUACGGAACAACCAUUGAAAUCGAUCGCCACUCGAUCAUAUUCGCAAAGCAAGGUCUCCGACUUGGCUAAGGACUUUUCACGGAGACCCGGAAAUGCCGCCGAGACUUAUGUCGCGUAUGGCAUGACACAAAAGCUAUUCGAGGCCUGUUCCGGCCAAGCCGAUUACAAGAUCCCCCAAGCAUUGCAAAAGGGAGCGGAGGUCCCGAAAACAGAAGCUGGUGAGGAUCUUGGUGUUGGAGAGGGUUGGUGGUAUAAAGAGCUCGGCCUCUUGCCAACUUUUUCUACCUGGUCCCAGGUGACUUUCCUCCAUAUGUACCUCCUGACGGUUCGCCUCCGUGCCUUGCCCCACCGGGAUAGCGUUACUACCUACUCCCGCCAUUUGAUUGAUCACUUUUCGCAUGAAGCGGAACACCGCAUGGACACGUAUCAUGAUCUGGGUAGUCGCACUAUUCGCAACAAGUAUCUGAAGGAUCUGUUCAUUCAAUGGCGUGGGAUCAUUGCUGCAUAUGAUGAGGGGUUGGCCAAAGGUGAUGCGGUGCUGGGAGCCGCUGUCUGGAGAAACCUCUGGAAGGGAAGUCAGACCGGACCGGACGGGAAAGAAGAAAUUGACUGGGCCAAGGUUGCCCAGGUUGUGGCCUACAUGCGCCGAGUCUUGUCGGAGCUAUCAAAGAAGGACGAGGUGGAUCUUGUUUUCGCCCUUGGGCGUGGUGGCCAGAAGAACACUGCUAUCUUCGAGUACUCGGAGACGGACAAGAAACUUGUUCAAGCAAACAAAUAA